AUGAUGGCAGCCCGUAAAAUAAAGUUUGGUUGUACAGCGGUGCACACCCCCACGCCUUCCGCGCUGUUUGAGGUUGAGUUCUGUAAUAUACGCGGACUCCACUCUAACCUCAAUGCUGUCCACCACCAUCUUGAGACAGCACGGCCAGCACUAUUGUUUCUCACGGAGACACAAAUACUUCCGCCCGCUGACACAGGCUACCUUAAAUAUCCCGGCUACGCGCUUGAAGAAUCCUUCAAAGCAAAAGCCGGCGUAUGCCUGUAUGUUCGGGCGGAUGUUUGUUGUCGCCGUUUGAGCUGCCUGGAAGACCCCUCCUUUUCCAUGUUGGCGGUACAUGUAGACUCUGGUCUUUUGGCCAGAGUCUACGUGUGCCUCUACAGAUCUCACACCGGCGACGCUGAGACAACUCGACUGUUUGACCACCUCAGUAGGGUAGCAGAUGAUGCCCAGGCGCAAUUUCCCAACGCAGAACUGGUGUUUUUGGGAGACUUUAACGCCCACCACGGUUUGUGGCUUGGCUCUUCCAAAACUGACCAUGCAGGGAUCUCUGCCCAUGCAUUCGCUCUCACGCACGACCUGACACAACUGGUUGAUCAGCCCACCAGGAUCCCAGAUAUAGCAAGUCAAGCGCCUUCUUUACUAGACCUUCUGCUUACGACCCAUCCGCAGGAGUAUCAGAUUGUCGUUCGAGCCCCACUGGGUUCAUCAGACCAUUGCCUGAUAUCUGUCAAGGUGCCACAGGCCAAAACCCCUCGACCAUUGGUGGUCAAACGCAGGGUCUGGCACUAUGGGUCGGCAGAUUGGGAUGGUAUGCGCGAUUACUUUGCGUCUGUCCCUUGGAAGCAGCGUUGCUUCAAUGAAAAGGACCUAUCAUCCAGUGCCGUUGCCAUUACUGAGGAGAUCGUAAUGGGAAUGGAGUAUUACAUUCCACAUUCUGAUCUCAUCAGUAAGGGCACACGUAACCGCUGGUUCAAUCGCGAUUGUGCCGAUGCUGUUUCUCCGGAUGCCCAACGUGUAGCACGUACUGGCCACGAAUUGUUAACGCACCCUACGGGCUCCCGAAGUUUUUGGCGUUUGGCUAAGGCCGUGCAACACAACUUUUGCCAGCCCUCGCUGCCACCUCUGCGAUGUCCAGAUGGGUCACUAGCUCAUGAGCCGCAAGAGAAAGCCGAUUUGUUGGCAAAGCUCUUUGCGGCUAACUCCCGAAUCAGUGAUUGCAAUGCACUGCCACCUACACUACCUCAUUGUGGCACUACGAUGCCUGACAUUAAAAUCAGGCAGCUCGGAUAUGAGAGUUUCGACGAAAUACCAUCAUCGCCUGACUUUGUUACAGCGGAAAGGCUACCAACUGCUAAAGAAACUCCUUCAUCAUAUUACACUGCGGGUGCAUUGUUCACAACACAAUUGCCAUCGCCUUCUGUCCUCGAUAUUCCGAUGCUCAAUCGGAAGCGUUUCGCGCAGAGGGAGAAGGAAUUAGAGGAAAUGAGAGAGAAGAAUAAGCAGGAAGAAAUGGCCAAUAAGAGCACGUCUAGGACCCCAAAGCGCGUGUUGUUGAGGGACGAGAACAAGUACGAACCGUAUUGGUUCAACGGCGAAUGGGUGUUUUAUAGGACUAUCAGGCCGUAUAUAAAGCUGAGGACCCCUAAGCCGAUGCCCACGACGACGUUCUCAAGAACCGAGAGCACAUCCACUACGCCACCAUACAACCAGGAGACCACCACGAUCGCCCAGAACUUGACAACCUAUACAGAGUUCAUCAAUUAUGCUUGCCAACAUCCGUGCUCCGAUAUCUUCGAGAACUACGGAAGAGUCUGCGCGCAGAGGUUCAACGCGUUCUCCUACGAGUACAAGGAAUUCGACGACUUUUGCGAUAUGAUUGACGAAAACUGCAUAUACCACGCCACUACCACAGCUUCCUUUAACCAAGACCUGUCCAACUUCAGAGGUCCCUGGUAUGUGAUAAUGCGCGGCGGCUGCUACAUGCUGUAUACUACCUUCGAACCGGCGCCGACUGAUGCCGCGAAGUUACUGGAGAGAGUGCAAUUUUACAACACUCUCAACUUCGAACGAUACAGUGGAAAGGGUUGA